AUGAAGUUGGACACUUCUCACAUGAGGUAUUUGACCUCGGACGAUUUUAGAGUCUUACAAGCCGUGGAAUUAGGUUCCAGAAAUCAUGAAUUGGUCCCAACCCAAAUGAUCCAUUCCAUAUCGGGUAUGAAAGCACCAUCAGGUACACAAAGAGCCAUUGGAGAUUUGGCCAAAUUGAAACUUGUUGCCAGGUUACGUAAUGCUACAUACGACGGAUUCAGGUUGACUUACAACGGGUAUGACUAUCUUGCCUUGAAAUCAAUGUUGAAUCGAAAUACGUUGUACUCAGUGGGCUCAACCAUUGGUGUUGGAAAGGAGUCAGAUAUAUACUCGGUCAGUGAUCCUGCAGGUGUGCAAAAAGUAUUGAAAAUCCAUCGUCUUGGUCGAACCUCUUUCAAAACGGUGAAGAACAAUCGUGAUUAUUUGAAAAAUAGACAUACUUCAAAUUGGAUGUACUUGUCACGAUUGGCAGCAGCAAAAGAGUUUCAGUUUAUGCAGAUACUUUACGAUAAUGGAUUCAACGUGCCCCAACCGUUUGAUUACUCAAGGCAUUGCGUUAUGAUGGAGUGGAUAAAAGGUAUACCAAUGAAGCAGCUAAACAUGAGCAACAUUGGGAAAUUAGAUUACAAAAAAUUGUACUCUGACCUCAUGAGUUUUAUUGUCAAGCUCGCCAAUGCGGGUUUGAUCCAUUGUGACUUCAAUGAGUUCAACAUUAUCAUCAGAGACCCAUCAGAUGCCAAUAAGAAAAGUGAUUUUGUCGUGAUUGAUUUCCCCCAAUGUGUAUCUAUUGAACAUGUAGAUGCAAAGUCAUAUUUCGAGAGAGAUGUGCAGGGUAUACGAGAUUUUUUCAAGAAGAAAUUCAAGUACCAUCCAGAGCAUGAUCCAACCAUGUUUGACACCGAUGGGUAUGGAGAUGGGUACAAGUACGCUUAUCCCAACUUUAAACGUGAUGUGAUUCGAGAAAAACUGUUGGAUGUGGAAGUCGAAGCAUCAGGGUAUGCCAAAAAGAAGACAGGUAAGAAAGAAGUGAAGGACUUGGAGAAGGCUGUGAUGGGAAUGAGAAUAACUACUGAUGAGACGGAUGAAUUGUCGGAGAUUGAAGAUGAUGCAGAGGAGCAUGAGGGUGAAGACGAGGACGAAUACGAGGAUGAAGACGAGGAUGAAGACGAGGACGCAGAGUUCGCUUAUGACGAGGAGGAUCUAGAAUUUGGUGACAACAACAAAAGCAACACCCAUGAUGAGGAGAAUGAAAAAAUCAUAGCUGCUAUAUCUGCUGGUGACAAAAACCUCAAGAUGGAUAAACUAGGCAACUAUAUACUUGAUGAAUAG